GUUCGUUCUCUCUCUCUCCCUCCACCUCUCUCUCUCUCUUAGUUUCGACAACCAAUCGGAACCCCGAAUUCCACAUGACAUCACGGGGCCCCCCUUUCGCGGUGUGUCGGCGAAGGGAAGAUGCCGUUGAGUCUCGAGCGUCCCUGGGACAAGAAAUCUUCUCCGCCUCAAAAUGUUAGACUUGCUCACGUUCAUCUGGGAAAAGGUUUUCCUGCUCGCGCAUCUCAAGCUGUUUAGCCAUCUCGUGGCGGGGCCGGAGAGGCAGGAGCAAAAGCGGGAGACGAGGCACUGUGACCAGGACAGGAACGGGGCGCCUCGCUAUCAGCGGGGCGACCUCUUGGAAGUCCCUCGGACCUUGUUUAUUCACUUCGGUAUCUACUUGGGAGAGAACCGUGUCGCGCAUCUCAUCCCGGACAUACUCCCAGUGCUCACGAGCGACAAGAGUCAGACCCAGGUAAUGGUGACCAACACAAGGCUCCUUCUUGGUGUUCUGUCCAAGAACGCCAGUAUCCGCGUGGACUCCGUGGAGGACUUUGCGUACGGCGGGUGCAUCCUAAUCAACGCGAUGGAUAGCACGCUCCAGAAACGUCCGCUGGAGAACGAGGAGGUCGCGCAGAGAGCGGAAAAGCUCGUCGGUGCCAUACCGUACAGCCUGAUGUGGAACAACUGCGAGCACUUCGUCACGCACUGCCGGUACGACACGGCCGUCUGCUUGCAAACGGACGAGUUUUGCCUCUGGCUGAAGCGUGGGCUCAGGGACCAGCGGACCCUCCUGGUGUCCCUGCUGCUGGCCCUGCUGGCUGUGCUGUACUUGGGGACCUGCCCCCUCGUCAUUCUGCCCUCCCUCCUCAUCCCCUUCACCCUCUGGAUGGCCAGCUGAGCUCCCCUCAUCCCUCCAUCCUCAUCCCUUCAUCAUCCUCUCCUCCCUCCAUCCUCUUCCAUCACCAUCCCUCCAUC